AUGGCUCCUAUCGCACUUUCACCACACUCCUCCCCAGUACUGAAGCCAAGCCAUCAUCAACGGAUCUUGAAUGGAAAGUACCAUGAUUGGAGAGAUGAUUUGCAGAAGAAUGGCUACGUGGUGGUGAAAGGGGCCAUUCCUUGCGACCGAGCCACAGAAUUGCAGAAGCGAGCAUAUGCAUGGUUGAAGUCAUUUGGGACAGGGUUAGACUUCGAUGACCCGACGACGUGGACGACGCAAAAUCUGCCCGUUCAAAGCAAAAUCAACACCUUUCAGUCGUACGCAGUCGCUCAUGAGAAAUUCAUGUGGGACGCGAGGAUGGAGCCUGGUGUUCUUGCAGCCUUCUCGCAGCUCUGGGGUACCGAGGAACUGCUCGCCAGCUUUGACAGUUUAAAUAUCACUUUCCCCAACAGAACCGAUGUACCCAGAAAGCCGGCCUGGGAGCACAUCGACCAAAGUCCCUUACGGCGAGGCCUACAUUGUGUGCAAGGCAUAAUCAACCUCUCGCCGUCCGGGCCUGAGGACGGUGGCUUGGUGGUUUACCCAAGAUCUCAUACCCUCAACGAAGAAUUUUUCGAUAGCCAGACCGAUCACUCAACUUGGGAUCCCUUGGACAGGUACAUGUAUGACAGGGAACAACUCUCAUGGUUCAAAGCACGAGGGAUCGAACCCUAUAAAGUCUGUGCCGAUGUCGGUGACCUGAUCCUCUGGGACAGCCGUACGGUUCACUACGGCGCAGAACCGACAGCAAAGAGUGACCGAAUCCGGACGGUCAUCUACGCAGCCUACACACCUGCUAGAUUUGCAAGCGAAGAACAAAUACACCUGAAAGCCGAGGUGUUCUCCAAUUAUGGAGGCACCACCCAUUGGCCCCACGACAAUAUCGUGGCCAGAGAGACACGGACCUUCCUUCCUGACGGUACAAGAGACCCGCGCGAUCGAGAGUCGCCUCUGGAACUGCCUGAAAUGAGCGACAAACUUCUCAAGCUUGCGGGGGUGAAGCGUUACUAG